GGGUGCUUCCGAGCAGAAUGGGCCGGGGGCGGCGCUUCUCACCUCGCUUGUCACUGGGAGGCGACCGCUGGGGCGAGUGCGGCGGCUGGAGCGUGAGCAUGAGGUGCAGGUUCAGGGUGACGGUGCGGAUUCGGGGGCGCGCAGGUCGCCCACCCCGAGUGAAGGCUUUCGUGGUGCAGUUCCCGCGAUCCUCGCGACACCGGGCGGCGAGCCGCGAGCGGGCUGUCGUGGCCGUGCUGUUGAUGCUGGUGAGGAGCCAGCCCACAGGGCCGCAGCUGCAUCCCGACCAGGUGAUGAUGAUGGGCAACGCCCAAGUAGCCAACCUGCUGCUGCUCUACGGUGCGGAACCGAACCGCGAGGACCCAGCCACCCUCUCCAGACCGGUGCACGAUGCAGCGCGGGAGGGCUUCUUGGACACUCUGGUGGUACUGCACCAGGCGGGGGCGCGGCUGGAUGUGCGUGACGCCUGGGGUCGCCUGCCGGUGGACCUGGCCCGGGAGCGGGGCCAUCGCGAUGUCGUGCGGUAUCUGCGUGCGGCUGGGAGCGCUCCCCAAGGCAGCGGGCCAGCAGGCAUAGCUUCGGCUCAAGCACCCCCAGGUGAGCACCGCUUGAAAUCUGAGCGCUUCUGAAACUCAUUUACAGGUGGAAAAGUUGAGCAGGGUCUCCUGGCUGCCUUUACACAGUCAAGUUGUGGGACAACCUAAGAAGAUGCAACUCAAACGAUCCUGAGAACAUGGACGCUGUCCCAUAAAUUCCAGCUUUACCCACCCACUUACCCCCCAGUCAAGGCCUAGGCUGGAAGGCAGGAGGGCCAGAGGUCUAGGGUUCAGUUCGCACUGUGGAGCAGCAGCAGGGACUCGCUGCCACUUACAGAGCCUCGGUUUUGUAGCUUCGCCUGGCAGACUGAUUUCACAGUUUCCAAACCUCUAGACCCUGCCCUUCAGCUCUGUGUUGACAAAAGCAACUUUGUCAACCUUGGCCCUCUGCCUUCUCGGUGGAAAAUUUUCUACCCCGCCCCCCUGGGGGGAGUUUUGAGGGUAUCUGAGAUGGAGAUGUUGCAGUCCCCCCUUUUAAGGAAAAGAGACUUCUUUCUUUCCCGUCUUUUCAAGCUUUCCAUUACAUGACUAGAGGUUCAGCUGUUAAGAGUACACUUUCUGAGGCAGAAUUCGAUACCCAGCACCCACUUCA